AUGGUGUUGCAAAGAGUGGAAAAGACUUUAUUUUGCUAUUGUCAUUUUGGGGGAGAGCUAGUGGUGAAGAAAGAUAAAUCUAUUUUAUAUAAAGGUGGUUUGGUAGAUGGCUUGGUGAUUGAUCAAGGCACCGCAUAUGAAACAUUUGUUGGUGAGAUAUGUGAACAACUUUGUAUAACUCCUAUGGGAAAGUUAUUUCAAUACUCAAUUAAAUUUGACAAAUCAUGUCUGUUGCCCCUCAAAGACCGGAAUGGCUUGAAUAACUUGUUAUAUUUCAAUGAGGGUGCUAGAUAUGUAUAUGUGGUUGAAGCAGCAGAAGCUGCAAAUCCCGCACUUAUAAGCAAAAGGUCAUCUAACAAAGAGAGCCCAUUGACGUCAGAUCAGGAUGCUGAAGUUGAGUAUGCUGAUAGAGAUCCAGUCAGGUCCUCCGACACUGAGAGCCAAGAUCAACAUGAUGAAGCUGAGUAUGCCAAUAGAGAUUUAGUCGAGUGCUCUGACAUAGAGAACCAUUUAACUUCGGACCAGCAUGGUGGUGAGCAACAUACUGAUGUUGAUGAUAACUACGUUCAUAGAGCUCAACCAGUGCCAAUGCAGUGCACAAUUGGUGAGAAAUCACCACUUUUGCUUAAUGAGUGGGAAAGAGAGCUAAUUGGAGAAGGUGACCUUUCUGUACCAUUGACUUAUUUCCACUCAUCUAGAAAGGAACAGUUGAUUCAUGAAAUGAGGAAUGCUACAUACAAGUUAAUACCAUCGAUGUGCAAACAUAUAAUGGAUGUAAUGCCAAGGUCAAUUGCUACAUGGUCAUCAAUUGAAGAUAAUCAAUUUAGGCAGUUGUUUGUUGCUUAUGGUUGUUCAAUUCGAGGAUUUCAACUUGGAUGUAGGCCGCUACUAUUUAUAGAUGACUAUCAUUUCUUUGAGAAACUUAAGUUGAUCGUCGGUAAGCGUGAGAUUGCCAUAAUAUCGGAUAGAAAUCAAAGCUUGCUAAAUAGGCUCAAUGAGGUAUUUGGUUUUGAAACUCAUUCUUGCUGUUAUCAUCGCCUAAAGCAAAGUUUCAGCUCUUACUUCCAAUUGCAAUCCAAUUGGGAGCAAACUGCACUUCAACUUUUGGAUGAUAUUGCUUUUGCAAGAUUAGAAGCAGAAUAUGAAAAAGGUCUUAGUUACCCAGCAUCGGUAUUGUAA